AAAAAAUAUGUUGAGCUACUGGUUUUGAUUUGCCUAACCACCAUCAGGGGGGGCGGUAGAUCAAAAUCAAGUGCCACCAUUCUACAGUUUUGAGUUUUCCAACCUGAAGUCUUUCUCUUCUUCGGUUGGAUGCUCGAUAACAUCCAAUCAAGAACAGGAAAACCUUCCAAAACAUUUUUUUCUAUGUCUUGAACAUUCAUUCGUUCUUCAUUGCCAAACUCAGAGAAGGCAUCAUACGAACGAUUGAUUCUAGCAAACAUUUUACCGGGAGGUGAUCAGAGAUUUGUAGCUGGUUCCAUUGAGAAGCGGGAGAACUAUAAUACAUUUUGAGGUUAAACUUUUGAGGUGCAAAGAUAGAUCUAAAGGCUCCAAUAAUGUCGUCGGGCGCGGUGAAAGGCCAGGUGAAAGGCCAGGUGAAAGGCCUCCUCAAAGGACUCAGAUACAUAUCCCAAAUAUUUGAUGAAGAGGAUGAAAAGCAGCAGAUAGAGAUUGGGUUUCCAACAGACGUAAAGCAUCUGGCACACAUUGGAGCGGAAAACGCUAAAGCAAGCCAACCAAGCUGGCUAACUGAGUUCAAAGAAUCAUCAGAAGGUUCGUCUGGAACAGUGGUGAACCCCGUCAAGGCUACACCUGAAGGUAGUAAUAGUGAUGCUACUAGCAAAGGUAAUAAUAAUAGUGAUGCUACAAGCAAAGCUAAUAACAGUGAUGCUACUAGCAAAGCUAAUAACAGUGAUGCUACUAGCAAAGGUGAAGGGAAGCGAGGCCGAAAGUCAAGGCCUCGCUCUUCUGAGAACCAAUCCACGAUGAGUUCUCCCAGCCGAGAGAGCUCGACGGAGGGAUCCAAGCCGAGCCGCCGAAACCAGGAAUCGUCUAAAAAGGCGAACCGUCAAUCAUCGGAAGAUGAGAAGCCCCCGACAGCGUCGAAACCCCGCAGGAAGUCGAAGACGUCGUCGGAGGACAAGGAUGGUGGGUCCGUUCGGAGGUCGUCGGAGGACAAAGAAGGUUCGUCAAGGAGGGCGCCACGAGGACGAAGACAUUCGAAGGGGGGUUCCUUAACUGAAUUCUCCUUCUCAGAAUCUGGACCUCAAUAGAAAGACAGAGUGAAACGGUGGACCAGCAGCAGAUUCAGUUUAGAGAGAGAUUUCAGGGGCCAGAAAUUAAUCAUCAUCCGAUAUCAAGUACCACGUACGCAUACAUAAGUAUAUAACCAAUCCUGCUUGGUGUUCUGACCAAUGUCAACUUUUUAUCUUCAUUUUGUUCAGUUCCUCCUUUUUUUGUAAUAGUGUCUCACUGGCUAUUUGGAUCCUCUGGAUUCAAUUGUUACCAAAACAUGUAACAAUUUUUUAAAUUGGUAUAAA